CGAAUUUAUGAUGUAUUCUGGCACAGAAUUAUCUCCACAAGAAGUGGAAAGUGGCUUAAUGUUUUCUCGACCAAAUAGAGGGAAUUAUGUUUGUGGAGAAUGUGGAAAAUCGUAUUCAAGGAGUCACAAUUUGAGGAGACACCAAAAUCUCGAAUGUCAGAGACUGAAAAAAUAUUCUUGUUCUGAAUCGUCCUUCAGAAUUUUUGGAGUGUCAAAACGGAUGAAUUGUAUGAAGAUAAGAUGCAGUAUCAACUUCAAACUGCUACGAAUGAUUUUGAAACGAUCUGCAAAAGAUGCCAACGAGAAUUUUCAUCUCCUUAUUCCUUGCGAAGACAUAUGAGAUUGAAGAAUUGUCGGUCAAAAGAAAAUGACGAUUUCCGAAAACAUAUGAGAUUGAAGAAUUGUCGGUCGAAAGAAAAUGACGAUAGAAAAAAAAGAUCUGUACGUCUACGUUUGAUGUGCAAAAAAUGCAAACGAGAAUAUUCAUCUCCGUAUUUCUUGCGAAGACAUAUGAAAUUGAAGAAUUGUCGUGCGAACAAAAAUUAUGUUUCAAAAAAGCGAUCCACAAGAACAAGAAAAUAAUGAUUAAAUUGAAAAAUCUUGAAUGCUCAAGCC